GCUCCGCCCCAGGACACCUAGUUUCGGCCAGGCGCUAAAAUCGGCGCUCGCCCUUUAAGCGGCGGGACUUCUGGUCACGUAGUCCGCGGCCGCCGGAAGGGGAAGUUUCGCCUCAGUAGGCUGCCUCGCUAGUCCGAAUUCGGUGGCGCCACGUCUGCCCGUCCCCGCCUUCUGCAUCGCGGCUUCUGCCCCUUCCACCUCGAGACCUAACAGUCGCGGAGCCGGCCGCGUCGUGAGGGGGUUGGCACGGGGAGUCGGGCGGCCGUGUGUAUCUUGGCUACCUGUGGGUCGAAGAUGUCGGACAUCGGAGACUGGUUCAGGAGCAUCCCCGCGAUCACGCGCUAUUGGUUCGCCGCCAGCGUCGCGGUGCCCUUGGUCAGCAAACUCGGCCUCAUCAGCCCGGCCUACCUCGUCCUCUGGCCUGAAGCCUUCCUUUAUCGCUUUCAGGUUUGGAGGCCAAUUACUGCCACCUUUUAUUUCCCUGUGGGUCCAGGAACUGGAUUUCUUUAUUUGGUCAAUUUAUAUUUCUUAUAUCAGUAUUCUACACGACUUGAAACAGGAGCUUUUGAUGGGAGGCCAGCAGACUAUUUAUUCAUGCUCCUCUUUAACUGGAUUUGCAUCGUGAUUACUGGAUUAACAAUGGAUAUGCAGUUGCUGAUGAUUCCUCUGAUCAUGUCAGUACUUUAUGUCUGGGCCCAGCUGAACAGAGACAUGAUUGUAUCAUUUUGGUUUGGAACACGAUUUAAGGCCUGCUAUUUACCCUGGGUUAUCCUUGGAUUCAACUAUAUCAUCGGAGGCUCGGUAGUCAAUGAGCUUAUUGGAAAUCUUGUUGGACAUCUGUAUUUUUUCCUAAUGUUCAGAUACCCAAUGGACUUGGGAGGAAGAAAUUUUCUAUCCACACCUCAGUUUUUACGGAGUCUUGCUUUUUUGCCAGGCUGGAGUGCAGUGGCAUGAUCUUGGCUCAGUGCAACCUCUGUCUCCUGGAUUCAAGCGAUUCCCCUGCCUCAGCCUCCUCAGUAGCUGGAACUACAGGCGCGCGCCACCAUGCCUGGCUAAUUUUUUGUAUUUUAGUAGAGACAGGGUUUCACCAUGGCCAGGAUGGUCUUGAUCUCCUGACCUCAUGAUCUGCCCGCUUUGGCCUCCCAAAGUGUUGGGAUUACAGGCGUGAUAGUUGCCAUAUUCUUAAAGGUGGGGGUAGGAGAGCAGGAUUUUGACUAGGUGAGAGGAGAUGCGUACUGUUACACACAAAAGCAUGUAAUAGUUGUGUGACUUUUCUGUCACACGAGUGAGGCAAAAGGCUGUUGAAGAAGGGACCAGUUAAAUCACCAUCUGGGUGUCACAGCCUGCCUGACAAUCGUGCCUAAUCUCAUGUCAGGGAUAUGCCGCAAUAGCUUACAUUUAAAAGUUUUUAAAAAAGCAAACCAAACUCUUUCACUUCUUGCUAAUUUUGAUGUUUUGCAGUUCUGUCAUUCUUCUGAGGGAUCAGUGAGGGCAGUAAAUCUUUCUCCCCUUCCUUUUAUAGUGUAGGGUUAUAUUUUUCAAAGACAUUUCAAAUCGUGAACUGUAGUAUACAGAAAUACAUCAUAUUGGUGGUCGUGCUGUGUGUGUUUUUCUUUAAGAGAAUAAAAAGAAACUUGUUUCUCUUCUGAGCCUGAAAUUGCCUUCAAGCUAAAAAAACAAAUGACCAAUCUGGUUUCUAAUUAUCAAAGGACAUAAUAACAGCACGUUUGGCUUUCUGAUCUAGGUUUAUCAAAUAGGAUGGCAGAUGCAUCAAUUAAAAAAAGCUUGGUGCUUUUGGGGGGCAGCCAACAGUUACUCUACGUUAAGUGGCCAUAUUCUAACUUAACGGCUUGUAGAUACUUCUCAAAUGUGGGCAACACAGGAUACAAGAUUCUAGUGGCAAAAUCAGCAGAGCACUGGCGUCUGCCUUCCAACUUGAACUUUCUCCGUUGGUGGAAGUCUUUCUGUUAAAUUUUGCAUACAGAUCAGAUGACAAAAUAUAGCUCCUUGAAAAAGCAGUAACUGCUUUGAAAUCACCAUGAAUUUUUGUUGAUUAUGUAUAAUUGGGUAUCUUUUUAUACUAAUUACUUGCAUUUAAUUUCGCUAUCUACUUAAGCAGUGGAGAUGGCUUCCAUAUUGUCUUAGAGUGAGUAGCAAAGCAAGGCAGCCCUGGCAGUGCCUUUUGCAGGGUUCUGUUUUAUGACAUACUCUGGAGGAAUACCGUUGUCCCGGAAGGCGUGGAUGUUGAGAAACCAGUGCUUAGAAAUAUAUUUCGAUUUAAACGGUAAAGCUGUAUUUGAUUAAAAUGCGGGUGAUGAGUAGAAGGAGAUGCAACCACUUUUCUAAAUGGAGUGCUGAUCCAUUCGUAGUACCCUUUUCUAUUUAGAGAAGUAGUUACAUCUCUGUACACAGUACAUUUUGUGUUUAAAAGGGAUUGUUUUCUGUUUCGGGGAGAGGCAUUAAGGUAUCAAGUGUGAUGUCAACAGGCUCCGGUCACUGACUGCUGUCCCUUCCCAGGCAGGAGGCAUGUAUAACAAGUAGCGCAGGGCGCAGGCUCUGCAGCCAGGCUGCCCCGGUUGGAAUCCUGUCACUUUUGAAGCACUUCACUCAGUGUUGGCUCAGUUUUCUUGUUUAUAAAACAGGAGUAAUAGUAAUGCCCACCUCAUGAGGUUGUUGUGAAGAUCAGAUGAAUUUAUAAGCAGGCAGCAACUGGUAUAAGGUAAUGCUCACUGAAGCUCACAUAGUAACCACUCUAGAAUAAGGUCAAGUAUAAAGCCUGUCCUCUUCAGGGUUUCUGCUGUGGACAAGUCACCUGUCAUGGCUUACCUUGCUGCCGAGAGGGGUUUAAGCAGAGGUAUCAGAUCAUGCUCUCUGCUUUCAAGGAAAUUUUUAAACAUGAGGAUCUGAUAAGUAGAAUAGGUUUAAACACAUUCUCAGUUUACUAAUAAAAUCGCCAAGGAUGGGAAAUAGUUGGAAAAUGCUAUUGAGAGUGUAGGCUUGGGUUUAUGUUCUCUUAGCUGUUCUGUGAACUCUUCAUUUAUUAAUUUUAAGGUGGGAAAUCAUCUAACCUUCUGUGGCCCCAGCUUUCCCACCAUCUGUGAGAAGGGAAGGAUGUAGCUGGAAGGCAGAUUCUGAAUACAUUUUAAAACAUACCCGUACUUCCAACAUAGAAAGCUUCUUCCCCAGUCUCCUUUGAUGGGCUCAGCUGAGAGCCUUUUGGAAAUGCUGUGCAAGGCUCACACACAGGCUGUGGAUUUGUCCGUUGAAAGUGAAUUUAUUUUGUAUCCUUGAUCUAGUUUGAUCCAUAUUUAGCAAUACCAAGAUGCUAUCAGUCAUUCUUUGGUUGUUGGGCUUGUGGGUGUAAUAUUUUUGUUUCCAUACUGUUCUGCAUAGAUUACUUUUAUAAGCAGAGAAAAAAACGUUCAGAGUGUGAAUUUAGCUGAAAUCUUAAUACAUUUAAGAAACAUGAGGCUGGGCGUGGUGGCUCAUGCCUGUAAUCCCAGCACUUUGGGAGGCCAAGAUGGGCAGAUCACCUGAGGUCAGGAGUUGAAGACCAACCUGGCCCACAUGGUGAAACCCCGUCUCUACUAA